AUGACAAAAAUAUUGGCGCAGUGCGGAAUCGAACUUGCGACCUGUGGUGGUGGCGGCAGGCUUCUAACAGAGGAUGAAAUGGUACUAGUAACACUGGAAUUAUAUUCGCGGGGAGCGUAUAGUCCAUCGUAUGGAGACGAGAGGCAAGCAAUGCCCGGAAUAGAGAUACUGGACGAACAAGAGGACACAGAGAAACGGAGAAAGUUAGUGAGAGAGGCAGACAGGAGGUCGGAGCUGGGUAUGGGGGGUGCUGAGGCCGCAGGCGCUUUAACGGUAAAAGAGCGCGAAAUGGAGGCAGUAGCGCGGCACGGGAUGAAUAAGGACGAGGCGGUGUUCGCAGUGGAGGCGCCGCUUGAGGCACAGACCUUCCUUUGGUCGGAGAAGUAUAGACCGAGAAAACCGAGGUAUUUCAAUCGCGUACACACCGGAUUCGAAUGGAAUAAGUAUAAUCAAACGCAUUACGAUAUGGAUAAUCCCCCACCGAAAAUUGUGCAGGGAUAUCGAUUCAAUGUUGGUUUUUGA